AUGAUGGACAUCAGGAGAGAGCUGUGUACGGAGAGGAUCGGAGGUGUUUACACACACACACACACACACACACACACACACAGAUUAUAAGUGGAGAUGAACAUACACCUGCUUAACCUGUUUCCACACACAGGUGAAUUCAACACAGCUCAUACUGUCUCACUUCUUCAGGACCUUUAAACAGACACACCUAAUCAGGUGAAAGCUCAGUGAAGGAACUAUGGAGCCACUGCUGAGUGGAGAAGAUGCUGGUGAGGGAUGCUCAGGGGAGACAAGCAGGACAGCAGGAACAGGAAGAGAUUCACCUGGAAGAUCAGGAGCAGGUGGAGGUGAAAUAGUGGCAGAACAUCUCAGUCUUAAAGACUUCCGAACACUACUGAAGUUAUUAAAUAUUACUCUGCCUAAGAAAGUUCUGAAUGAUGAUGUCAUCGCUAAGUCCAAAAACUAUUACUUUAACAAAAAAGCAAACAUCAUCGCACAAAAACUGAAACACAAUAAACUGCAAUUUGUACUGACACCUCGACUGCAGUGCCGGACAGUCAAAACCGCCGAUAGUCACCGACGCCGUGAUAAAGUUCCGAAGUUCACAGAAAUGAUAUUUUUUAAAAAUAUGAAUAAAAAUGGGCAAACCUUAAAGCAAAGGUGGGAAAAAAUUCCCCUCGGUAAUCGGCGUGGACUCAGGAUGAAGGAAACAUACAGAGGAACCAAAAGUGCAGGUGGUGAGGAAACGGGGAACAAAAAAAAAACCCAAAACCAAAGGAAUGAAAUGAAAUGUUUACGAUUCUUCAUCAGAGAAAAUGGUCUUUCAGACGUGCGCUACAAAAGAGAACGCAAUAUAGAAUUUGAGUUUCUCUCAGGAAGGAUGGACUUUCUAAUAAAGACUAACUGUAAGGAACCUGAGAAAUCAAAGACCAUCAUACUCGAGUGUAAAGGUACGGCAGGUGACAUGGUGGGGAAGGUGUACAGCAAACCUGGAGAAGGUCACAAAGCUAAAUUAAUUCGUAAGCAUCAAUAUUAUGAGCAAACUCAGGCCUACCUGUACUUACUGAAAAAAACACAACGCCAUGCUGCUCCAGUCGAAGCUGCCAUGGUCUUCAGAGAACACCAGCAAGAUGAGGACGAUGAGGACGACGACAUGGAUGACGAGGACGAUCAGGAGGAGACAGAUGAGGAAGAAAAUCAGAAUGAUGAUAAGGAUGAGAAAUACAUGGUAUAUAAAGAAAAUCAAAAAGAACUAAAGGGAGACUUCUGCUACGACUAUGUGGAAGGAAACGGACGGUGGAUUGAAGAGCUGAACAAUUACUGCAAAGAGAAGGCACUGCCUCUAUACCUGGCUGUUCUCAAUAAGAUCUUCGAGAAAGCAGAGAAGAAGAAAAAAGAGAGAGAGACAGAGACAGACAGAGACAGAUAUAGAGACGGAGACAGAUAUAGAGGCGGAGACAAAUAUAGAGGCAGAGACAGAUAUAGAGGUGGAGACAGAUAUAGAGGCGGAGACAAAUAUAGAGGCAGAGACAGAUAUAGAGGCGGAGACAGAUAUAGAGGCGGAGUCAAAUAUAGAAGCGGAGACAAAUAUAGAGGCGGAGACAGAUAUAGAGGCGGAGACAGAUAUAGAGGUGGAGAAAGAUAUAGAGGCGGAGACGGCUGUAGAGGCGGAGAUGGAUAUAGAGGCGGAGACGGAUAUAGAGGCGGAGACGGAUAUAGAGACGGAGACGGAUAUAGAGGCGGAGAUGGAUAUAGAGGCGGAGACGGAUAUAGAGACAGAUAUAGAGGCGGAGACGGAUAUAGAGACGGAGAUGGAUAUAGAGGCGGAUAUAGAGGCGGAGACGGAUAUAGAGGCGAAGACAGAUAUAGAGACGGAGACGGAUAUAGAGGCGGAUAUAGAGGCGGAGACGGAUAUAGAGACGGAGAUGGAUAUAGAGGCGGAGAUGGAUAUAGAGGCGAAGACAGAUAUAGAGACGGAGACGGAUAUAGAGGCGGAGACGGACAUGGAGUUGGAGACGGAUAAAGAGGCGGAGACGGAUAUAGAGACGGAGACGGAUAUAGAGGCGGAGACGGAUAUGGAGGUGGAGACGGAUAUGGAGACGGAGACGGAUAUGGAGGCGGAGACGGAUAUGGAGGCGGAGACGGCCGUAGAGGCGGAGAUGGAUAAAGAGGCGGAGACGGAUAUAGAGGCGGAGACGGAUAUAGAGACAGCGAGAGAUUUCUGCAAUAACUUUCGUGUUCAUUUUACUCUUUAUUGUUUUUCUAUUCUUUUAUUUGUUGUUAUUGUUUGUCUUUAGAACUUUUAUAUUUAUUUGCUUUGGCAAUAUUGUUAAAACAGUCACACCAAUAAAGCACUCUUCAAACUUGAACUUAAGAGACAGAGACAGAGAUAAAAAGAGAGACAGAGAAUUGAAUUUAGCUAAAAUCUGUAUCACAUGAAUCCAAACAGAAGCCAUUCAGUCACAAGUUUACAUCCUCAGGGAGAAAAAAAGAGGGAGAGGAGGACUAUAUAAAGAACUCAGAGAAAAACAACUCUUUUUCAACCACACCACAGAGUGUCUUUUUGUUACACCAUAUAAAUUCAAAGGUCACAAGGUUAUGUGUUGAUUUAUAAAAACAAAAGUUAACUAAAAUUCUAGAUUCUCCAAAUAGCACCAGGACAUUUUAUCCAGCUCUUUAUUCUAUUUUAUUCUUUCUGAUAAUAUGAACAGCUACUAUAAAUGUACAUGUUUAGAUGGCUGACUACUUUUAUGCUUGUUAUGUAUGUAAUGAACUAUAUCAAAUAUUGCUGAUAAAUGAGACUCAGACUAAAGGCUGAACUACUCCCUCACCCUGGAUGCUCCUCAAUACUCAAAGUGAUGCUUCCUCGUUUCCUCGCUCCUCUGAAAUCGAUCGAAGUCAGCCAUCUUGAAGGACAUAUCAGUUCUCUAAUUGCACCACGAGGAGGUGAGGAACGAGGAGUGGGGAAGCUUCCAGAGGAGCUAGGAGUGAGGAUACACAGGUUUAUCCUAUGCAGAAGUGUUUUUUCUUGAAAAACCUGAUGCACGUAUAAAUUCCCCUCCUCCUUAACAUCUGCCACAAUCUCCAACAAAAAGUACUUUGAAGAUGUGAUGGGAUUUUGUGUGAAAUAUAAUUAAAUCAUAAUGUACUUACAAUGAGUGUUGUAAUUCAUUGAUCCUUGUAUGUUUAGAUAUGCAACGCGGCACAAAAGA